AUGAUUACUGACAACAGCCGCAUGAGGGACGUACUCCUGAGCGUCUGCGGGGAGGCCACCUUCAAGAUCGCCAGAGGUCUCUCGGCCCCUACGAAGCUCACCAAGAGAAUCCCGAGCGAGCGGGUCCCCCCCGCCGCGCCGCCUCUCCAUCCAUCCGGCGCGGUGGCCAUGCGCUCCUCCUCCGUUGCGCGCAGGCUGGCCUGGCCGAGGCCGUGUCCGGCGGCGGGGCUGGUGGCGCUGCUGCUGCAGCUGGGCUUGCAGGCCGGGGGGCGGGCGGCGACGAGCGGCGAGCUGGCCUUGGCGGCGGACGGUCAUUGUCGAAAUUUGAAGGCAACGGAUACCUUGCAAACGUCGGAGUCGAGCUGUUACUGCUACGUUCCAAAGGGGGAGAUACAUUUGAAAAACACGUGGUCAAGUAUUCAGGUGAAAAUCAACAGCAUGGGCACGUUCAAGGUGGUGUCGAUCCCCGAAGAAAGUCAUUGCCAAAGUGCCGAAACUCUGCUUGCCUUUUUCAAGUGCCUCGUUCGAAACUUUUGGCAAUCGGGGACGUCUAAUGAAACCAGCGUCACCGUGGCCCAGUAUGGGGAGCGAACCUGCUUCUGGGUCCAACCAGAAAACAAAGCGCCUUACUCCGUGACCGUUCAACAAACCAUGCUGGAUAAGAAACUUUUCCUCACGUUUGUGACUGGAGGACUUCUUUUCCAUUUUGCCCACAACCUAAGUAGAAGCAUCACAUUCUAUUAUUCUGCCGGAGUUGCGUUUGGUGUUUUCGCUACUUUGGUCUUCCUCGUUUUGAUGCUUAAAAGAUUUAUUCCCAAGCUCAGCACCUUCUGGAUUUUAAUGAGCGGCUGCUGGUUCUGUUCUCUUUAUCUCCUUUACACUUUGAAAGAGGAUUUGAAACAACUCUGGUAUGAUUCUACGCAAUACUUACUGGGAUACGUCCUGAUCGCCGGAGUCGUCAGCUUUGCCAUUUGCUACCAGCACGGACCACUUGCCAGCGAUCAAAGUAUGAACCUCUUGAUGUGGACGCUGCAGGCGACAGGCUUGGUUUUAAUUUAUAUGGGCACUGCCAUCCCUCAGGUCGCGUAUGCAGCGGUCGCUACCCUACUCUGCUCAAAAAUUGCGCAUUACCCACUCCGAGUAUUCUGCAGCAUCAGUAGGAAAGCCCAUCGGUACUUCAGACCGGAAAAGCCAGAGUUUCGGUACCUGACCGGAGACGAGUACCGAGAACAAGGCGAAGCAGAAACCAUCAGAGCUUUGGAGGAGCUGCGGGCCUUCUGCAGGAGUCCCAGUUUCCCCUCGUGGGUAGCCGUGGUCAAGCUGCAGUCGCCUCAGAAAUUUGCAAACUUUGUACUGGGAUUUCCCCACGUGUCGCCGGAAGAAGCAAGGGCCCACGACGAACAGUACGGUUUCGGAGGAGCCCUCUUAGAGGAACAGCUUUUUACCUCAGAGACAGAGUCAGAACUGGACCCACAAACAGGUCCCUUUCCUGAAGAGGAGGAGGAAGAGAGGGAACAACCGCAGUCACGAAACAGCUUAUCCGUUCAUAGCAGAGAAUUUCUUUGAGCUGCUCUUCUCUGUUAAAAGAAAACGGGCAAAAUACACAGUGCAAAGGUGGGAAAUUCCAUUAGCUGGGCUGUAGAGGGCAGCCAUGAUCUCUG